GUUUUCCCUAGGGUGACGGAGAAGGUGGUACUAUUUUGGGCUUCCUCGUCACAACCGGCUCUCAAGCGUCGCAGGAAGUCCAUCAAGUGAUGGAAGAAGAGGUGAACAGUCGUUUCCGGGCAGUCGACAUGGCGGGUCGGACAUUCGAACGUCUUCAGCAGUUCUGGCAACAGAACGAACUGUGCGACGUGCACGUUCGUGUAGGGGAGCGCGCUUGGCGCUGUCAUCGGCUGGUGCUGGCUAGUUGUUCACCCUACUUCCACGCCAUGUUCACAGCACCACUCAUCGAGAGCCAACAACACGAAGUGACCAUUGGAGACAUCGAGGAACAUGCCAUGGAUCAAGUGAUUCGAUUCGCUUAUACGGGCUCCGUUGACCUCUCGGUGGAGAACGUGCAGGCUCUGCUUCACGCUGCUUCCGUGCUUCAAUUGGACACCCUGGCUGCGGCCACAUCGGACUUCGUGCGAAGCCACUUGCUGCCCACAAAUGCCUUAGCCGUUGCCCAGUUCUCAGAGUUGCAUGGACUCUACGAUUUGUCGGCGGACGCCGAUAAGUUUGUGCGAAGGAACUUUCUUCAAGUGGCAAGCACGCAGGAGUUCUUGGCUGUAGAUGCUGAACACCUGUCGAGGUUGUUGGACGCUCCCGACCUGAAUGUCGUCUCAGAAGCUCAGGUGUACGAAGCAGUGAUGCGGUGGCUCAAGGCAGAUCAGGUGACCCGAUUGGCUCACUUGGCCUCGGUACUGGAACGCGUCCGUCUGACCCAACUGCCUCCUGCCCUUCUGCGGCGCCUUACACAGGCAGAAGAGAGUGUGCGAAAUUCGCUUCGCUGCAGGGACCUACUAGACGAAGCACGUGACCAGCAGCUCUGGAAGGCUGCCCUACUGUCAGGACCAGCUCCCGCCAAGGGACCACGCACCAGGCCGCGAUACAGCUACGCAGGUGUGUUGUUUUGCGUGGGUGGCCGCGAUCCAAGUGGAGAUCCCUCGUCUUCCAUCGAAGUGUACAAUAUUCUGGAGGACAGAUGGUUCAAGGUUGCAGACAUGAUUACCAGGCGGAGGCACGUCGGUGCCGUGUCUGCAGGAGGAAAGGUGUACGCUGUCGGAGGCAGUGACGACAAGCACCACUUAGCCAGCGCAGAGGUGUACGACCCGACUGGCAACUUGUGGAAACCCUUGGCUUCCAUGAGCAUUCCCAGGAGAGGUUUGGGCCUCUGCCAGCUAGGAGGUCCCCUGUACGCCGUGGGAGGCAUGGACGACGUCACCUUCUUCAACACCGUCGAACGAUACGACAUCAGCUCGGACACGUGGGCUGUGGUCGCACCCACUAGAUCCCCGAGAGGAGGGGUGGCCGUCGCUGCGCUCAAGGGCUGUAUCUACGCCGUCGGAGGGAACGUCGGUCAGAUCACGCUCAACACGUGUGAGAAGUACGACCCGCACCUCAACAAGUGGACCUACGUCGCUUCUAUGUCGCAACGUCGUGCUGGCGCUGGCGCUGCAGUCCUAGAUGGAUAUAUUUUUGUUGUCGGUGGCUUUGACAGCAACCAGCCCCUCAACUCAGCAGAGCGAUACGAUCCAGAGUUGGACCACUGGGUUGCCAUCAGGCCAAUGAACAUGUGCAGGGGUGGUGUCGGUGUGGCCACACUUGCCGGUUGCCUCUACGCCGUUGGGGGCCACAAUGGAAGUCAGUACCUAGAUUCGGUCGAGGUGUACUCUCCCGAUACUGAUAGGUGGGAAUCCUGCGCCAGCAUCGCAACGGGCAGAGCAGGACCCGGCGUAACCCACUGCACCAGCACAGCGGUAGAGCUCAUUCUCCCUGGCUGAGGAUGUUUUUCCACCUUGAAAGAAUGACACUAACGGCAGCAUGAAGCUACAAUGCAAUGCCUAAGCAAAGCGAAAGCGAGACACCUGGAAGCCUCGCUUCCUGUGUCUCGAGGUGUUUUCACGCGAAAGCAUGUCCGAGUCGGGCAUAUUUGGUUGUCCAACGCGACAUAGACGCGAAUUCAUCGUUAUACAACCACGUCUUUAGUGCUGUGACUAUGAAAGUGAGUUGGCUUCCCACUCCUAGCUGCAGUCGGCAAUGAAGGUGUCAUUGCGAUGGCCUUGUGUCCACGUAGUGAGAAAGAGAGGAUGCGUAAAGUAGGCCUUAUCUAGU